AUGAAAGGUAGAAAGCCAGUAGCAGUGAUGACAGAUAGGAACAGUACAAUGCGAAGAGCGAUAAAGAAUCUUCUCCCGGAUGCUUGUCACAGGCUAUGUUCGUGGCACUUGCAUAGAAAUGCACGGAGUAAUAUUCGCUGCGAGGAGUUUAAUAAUAGGUUGUAUAACCUGAUGGCGAGAAAGUGUAGCACUUUUGAGUUUGAGGAUCGGUGGGCUAGGUUAGUUAAUAAAUGUGGGGUGGUAGAGAAUGAGUGGGUGAAGAAAUUGUACCGUAGGAGAAGGUUAUGGGCAAAGGCCUAUUUACGCGGUCAUUUUUUUGCAGGUAUGAGAAGUACUCAAAGGUGUGAGAAAAUGAAUGCUUUUUUGAAUGAGUACUUGAAUGAAAAAAUGCGACUAUAUGAAUUCGUUAGAAGUUUUGAUUUGGCAAUAGCAUGGCUUCGACAUACUAAGAGCAAAGCAGUUUACACAAGCGAAAACACAAAACCAGUCUUAACCACAAUUCUACCCGAAUUAGAGGGGAGUGCAGCGGAGGUGUUUACAAGGAAUGUGUUCUUCAUGGUGAGGAAGCAUUUGAACAGGCAAGAACUUCUAAUUUCUGAGGGCUGGAGCGAGGAUGGAGGGAGUCUUACAUAUUAUUACUCGAAAUAUGGUGGACACGAAAUAAGUUGGAGGGUGGAUUAUGAUAGGUCAAUGGAGAAGCUAAUAUGCUCUUGCAUGAAAUUCGAGUCAAAGGGGAUUCCUUGUGCUCACAUGUUUCGCGUGAUGGUGGUAGAAGGAAUGAACAGGAUCCCAGAAGCAUGCAUUUCGAAGCGGUGGACAAAGGGAGUUUACUGUACUAAUAAUGGAAUGAAAACAUUUGUUUCAGACGAACAGCUGACACAAAUGGCCAGAUAUGGCACUUUAAAGUCCAGCUGUAAUACUAUGUGUUACUAUGCGUCCUACAUGGAUGAUGCGUUUAUUGACCUGCAGCAGAUGUUUGACAAGCAUUCUGUGGACCUAAAGGAGAAGUGGAUUGCAAGGGGAUAUGGGGGAGACGGAUUUGCAAUGGAUUCAAGAGUGAUGAACGAUAGAAGUAGAAGAACAUUCGGGCUGUUAGAUCCCAGGGUGUCUCGGUGUAAAGGUGAUCACAAGCAUGCAGAAGCAAAGAAGAAAAGAAAGUGUGGUCAUUGCAGGUACUAUCGGAAAUGCAUACGUAGUUAUACAGUAGUUAAUUGA